CGUGCAAGUGAACUCUGCUGCCGAUACGCUGCCGAUACGCUGUCGAUACGCUGCCGAUACGCGGACCGUGGCGAUUCGGCGUCGUCUGCGUCCCAAGUACCUGCAAAGAUCGGAGCGCUGGAUUACCACAUCAAAGUGGAAAGAGAGGGCAUGCUGCCGCCGGCGGACCCCACCUGCCCGGAGGCGUGGAGCACCUCCAGCCAACAGAGCGACGCCAUCAGCUACGAUGGCCACAAGUCGACCAAGGGGGCGAGCAAGAUGCGACGCGACCUCAUCAACAGCGAGAUCGCGAUCCUGCGAGACCUGCUGCCGCUGCCGGCCAGCACGCGCCAGCGGCUCUCGCAGCUGCAGCUGAUGGCGCUCGUGUGCGUCUACCUCCGCAAGGCCAACUACUUCCAGCAGGUUUUCAAGCAAAUGGAGCCGGAGACUCGCCCGCCUCCACCUCUGGGCUUCUCCAAGGCGACGAAUGGCUUCCUGAUGAUCACCACUCAGAACGGAAAACUGCUGUAUAUAUCAGAUAACGCCGCCGAAUACCUGGGCCACUCGAUGGAGGACUUGCUCAUCCACGGCGACUCGGUGUACGACAUCAUCGACAAGCAGGACCACCAGGCCAUCCAGGCGGAGCUGAUGCGGGCACCGGCGUCGACCGCGCUACCGGCCGACGACGCGCGCAUGUUCCUCUGCAGGAUGAACGUCUCCAGGAACGCCCGGCGUCAGAUGCGCUUCGGCGACCAGAAGGUGGUGUUGAUCCGGGGUCACUACCUCUCCUACCUGCCGCUGUGCAGCAGAAACGAGCCGGUGUUCGUGGCCACAUGCACACCUAUCGCCAUGCCGGAGACGCGCGAGUGCGUGGUGCAGGGCGCCACCAACGUCUUCACCUCAAUCCACUCCAUGGACAUGAAGUUCUUGCAGCUAGACGAAAAUGGGGAGUUCUACCUGGGCUACCGGACCUCGGACAUCCAAGGCCUGUCCUGGUACCAGCUGGUGCACUGGGACAACAUGCGAGACGUCCAGACCAAGCACAAGCUGAUCAGCACGUCGGACCAGGACCGGGCCUGCAUCCUGCUGCUGCGGCUUCAGGCGCGCUCCGGCCACUGGCUGUGGGCCCACUGCGUGCUCCAGGUCAAGGACAACCUGGAGAGCUCACAGCACCCGGUCAUCAUCUGUACCUGCCAGGUGCUCAGUGAGGAGGAGGCGGCCGUGAUGCGAGCGAACGCCUGGCUCUACCACUACUACUCGAUGCAAGGCAAGCUGCAGUACAGCCUCCAGUACGACGCGCAGGCGUCGGCGCCCGCCUACUACCAGCAGCUGCUCAGCUACUCGCACCACCACCCACACGCGGCGGAAGCGGCGCUGCACUCGGCCUACCUGCACGCGCCCAUCUCGCCGCACCCGGGCGCCCACCACCUGGGCUCGCCGGUGCUGCCGGCGGCCCAGUACGGCCUGCCCGGCGGGCCGUACCACUCGUACCCGGCGCUGGAGCCAGCGCAGUGGCCGCGCCCGCCCCGCCAGCCGGUACCCAUCAAGCGGCGACUGAUGGCCUACGGCCAGCCAGGCGGCUACGGCGGCUACUCGCUGUCCGCGUCAUCGGCGUCGUCGCCGUCGGAGCUGUCCGGGGACGAGGUGCGCGAGGACAUGCGCGUGGCGUCCUGGGCCUCCGCCGCCGCCGCCGCCGCCGCUGCCGGGAUGCCCGGCUCCCUACGACUGGACCGGCGGGCGGUCCGCGGCCGACGCCACCUGAUCUCGGACAUCUCGCCGUGA